CCUAAAUCCAGUGAGAGGGACUCUCCCCAAGAUGCUGUCGCUGGGUGCUGAUGCUGAUACUGGAUGCUGAAGAGUGAUGGUGAUUCUGGAUGAUGAAGGCUUAUGCUGAUUUUGAUGCUGGAUGUUGAUUCUGACGCUGAAGCCUGAUACUGAUGCUGGAUGCUGAUCCAAAGCCUGAUGCUGGAUGUUGAUCUUCACGCUGGAUGCUGACUGUGACGCUGAAGCCCGAUGCUGAUGCUGAAGCUGGACCCCGCAGUGCGCUGUGAGCUCCGAGAACACGGAUCUGCUGGAGUGUGAAUGAUGCGCGCAGGGAAGCCGCACAACCCGCGCAGCGCCGGUGAGGGAUGACGAGGAGGUGCGCGGAGGCCGGGAGUCGCUCGGACCGUUUGGGUCGGCUAGGGUAACCCCCCAACCCCCCCGUGCUAGCCGCUGCCUGAAGAGCGUCCCGCCAAAGAGCGCGGAAACCCGAGAGGACGGUCGAGGUGGGGGCAGCGGAGCAGCGCAGCCUAAAAAUACCGCGGUGCGCGAGCGCCAUUGCGUCCCCCGCGAGCGGCCCGGUCACACGCAGCGACCCCGCGAAGAGCGCGCGCCGCACCGAUGGCGAUCUGUCAGAUACUAGUAACCCCCGAGAACCAGUCGGCUUCCCCGCCACUCUCCUUCUGUGGCAACGACAGGAAUGACUCGUACAGCGUGGAGGACGGUGUGCUCAACAAUGGCUGCUUCGUGGAUGCUCUAAACCUGGUCCCCCAUGUCUUCCUCCUCUUCAUCACCUUUCCCAUCCUCUUCAUUGGCUGGGGUAGCCAGAGCUCCAAAGUGCAGAUCCACCACAACACAUGGCUGCACUUCCCUGGGCACAACAUGAGGUGGAUCUUGACCUUCUCUCUGCUAUUCGUGCACGUGUGCGAGAUUGCCGAAGGCAUCGUCUCCAAUGGGCAUAUGGAGACCAAUCACCUCCACCUCUUUAUGCCAGCGUUCAUGGGGUUUAUAGCUGCCACAACAUCUGUUAUUUACUACCACAACAUUGAAACCUCCAACUUUCCCAAAUUAUUGCUGGCGCUCUUCAUUUAUUGGGUUCUGGCCUUUAUAACCAAGUCCAUCAAGCUGUGGAAGUAUGCUGAGUACAAGGUGGGCAUCCAGCACCUGAGGUUCUGCAUCACCGCCCUGCUGGUCAUUCUUUACGGGUUGUUGAUGGCUGUGGAGAUCAAUGUCAUCCGAGUCAGGAAAUAUGUCUUCUUCACGAACCCCCAGAAGGUCAAACCACCGGAGGACCUGCAGGACUUGGGUGUUCGGUUCCUGCAACCCUUCGUUAACCUUCUGUCUAAGGCCACCUAUUGGUGGAUGAACCCCCUCAUCAUGGGCGCCCACAAAAGGCCUAUUGAGCUGAAGAAGAUUGGCAAGCUGCCCAUUGCAAUGAGAGCCUUGACUAACUACCUAAACCUAAAGGAUGCCUAUGAGGAGCAACGGCACAACGUUGAUGACCCAGAGAAAGCUCCAUCCAUUUGGAAGUCCAUAUACCGAGCCUUUGGUCGUCCAAUCCUCCUUAGCAGCACCUUCCGAUAUCUGGCCGACCUACUUGGCUUUGCUGGUCCACUCUGCAUUUUGGGCAUCGUAAAGCGUCUGGGCAAGGACGAAUCUAUGACAGAGCAGCAGGAUAAAGCAUGUUUCUUUGGCGUAUACUUUCUGUCAUCCCACGAGUUGCUUCAGAAGACCACAGUUCUGGCUGUGCUACUCUUCCUGGCUCUGGUGCUGCAGAGGACCUUCUUGCAGGCUUCGUAUUACGUCACCAUUGAAACGGGCAUCAACCUUCGGGGUGCGCUGCUGGCCAUGAUCUACAACAAGAUCCUGCGCCUGUCCACGUCUAACAUGUCCAUGGGAGAGAUGACCCUUGGCCAGAUCAACAACCUGGUGGCCAUAGAGACGAACCAGUUAAUGUGGUUCCUCUUCCUGUGCCCCAACCUGUGGGCCAUGCCAGUGCAGAUCAUCAUGGGGGUGAUCCUGCUCUACUAUUUGCUGGGGCCCAGUGCCAUGAUCGGUGCAUCGGUCAUCGUGCUCCUGGCCCCAGUGCAGUAUUUCAUUGCCACCAAGCUGGCGGACACACAGAAGAGCACGUUGGACUACUCCACAGACCGGCUGAAGAAAACUACGGAGAUCCUGAAGGGCAUCAAGCUGCUGAAGCUGUACGCCUGGGAGAACAUCUUUUGCAACAGUGUAGAAGAGACCAGGACAAAGGAACUCACCAGCCUCCGCACCUUCGCUCUGUACACCUCCAUGUCCAUUUUUAUGAACGCUGCCAUCCCCAUCGCAGCAGUCCUUGUGACAUUUGUCACACACGCUUACAACAGUGACGCUCGCCUCAACCCUGCAGAGGCCUUUGCUUCACUGGCACUCUUCCACAUCCUGGUCACCCCACUCUUCCUGCUCUCCACUGUGGUCAGAUUUGCAGUCAAGGCUCUGGUUAGUGUACAGAAACUGGGCGAGUUCCUCCAGAGCGACGAGAUCGGCGACGACAGCUGGAGAAAUGGAGACGUGUCUGUCUCACUGGAGUCCUGCAAGAAGCACCUCGGUGGGACCAAGGCGCUGAACAGGAAACAGCCCCUACGUUACCAGCUCGACAGCUACGAGCAACCAAUCCGCAGGCAGCUGCGCCCAACCGAGAGCGAGGAUGCUGCAGUCAAGGUGAGCAAUGGCUUUUUCACCUGGGGAAGCAACCUGUCGACCUUGUCGGACAUCAACAUCCGCAUCCCAACUGGGCAACUGACCAUGAUUGUGGGUCAGGUGGGCUGUGGGAAGUCUUCCCUGUUGCUGGCCAUGCUUGGAGAGAUGCAGACGAUUAGUGGAAGGGUCUGCUGGAGCAAACUGCCUGAGUGUGAGAUGCUCCACGAGGGGAAUAUAAGUGUGCAUGAGACGGAGAUGUCUUUCGAAGCUGACAGGAGUAAAAAUAGAAACUCAGUGGCCUAUGCUGCUCAGAAGUCCUGGCUCCUAAAUGCCACGGUAGAGGACAACAUCACAUUUGGAAGCCCUUUCAACAAACAGAGAUAUAAGGCUGUCAUUGACGCAUGCUCCCUCCAGCCAGAUAUAGACCUAUUGCCAUUUGGAGACCAGACUGAAAUUGGAGAGAGGGGGAUUAACCUAAGUGGAGGUCAGAGACAAAGGAUUUGUGUAGCUCGAGCGCUGUACCAGAACACCAACAUUGUCUUCCUGGAUGACCCAUUCUCUGCGCUGGACAUCCACUUGAGCGACCAUUUGAUGCAAGAGGGCAUCUUGAAGUUCCUGCAGGAUGACAAGAGAACAGUGGUUCUGGUGACCCACAAGCUGCAGUACCUGAUUCAUGCCGACUGGAUCAUUGCCAUGAAGGAUGGCUCAGUGUUGCGAGAAGGAACCCUGAAAGACAUUCAGAACAAUGAUGUGGAACUUUAUGAACAUUGGAAGACACUUAUGAACAGACAAGAUCAAGAGUUGGAAAAGGAUACGGAAGAGGAUAGCCAAACUGCACUUGAAAGGAAGACUUUAAGAAGAGCUUUCUACUCCAGAGAAGCCAAAAACCAGGCUGAUGAUGAGGAUGCAGAGGAAGAGGAGGAAGAAGACGAAGAAGACACAUUUUCCACAACCACCAGUCGGCGUUCAAAGAUUCCCUGGAAAGUGUGCUGGAGAUACCUGUCUUCAGGUGGCUUCCUCAUGGUGGCGAUGAUGGUUUCCUCCAAACUACUUAAACACUCAGUCAUGGUUGCUAUUGACUUUUGGCUGGCCAACUGGACCUCUAGUCUUCAGAAUGUCUCAAGCAAAUCCAGCAAUAUCACUCUGGACGAACAGGAGAGCGCGCGGCACCGUUCCUAUUAUGUCCCUGUAUUCAGCAUCUUGUGCGGGGCAGGCAUCAUCCUAUGCCUCAUCACCUCUUUGACAGUGGAGCUCAUGGGUCUUGCUGCUGCCACCAACCUGCACCACAACCUGCUCAACAAGAUCAUCCACGCACCCAUCAGGUUCUUUGACAUUACUCCUCUUGGUCAGAUUCUGAACCGUUUCUCAGCAGACACCAACAUUAUCGAUCAGCACAUUCCGCCCACCCUGGAGUCCCUGACACGCUCCACGCUGCUCUGUCUGUCCGCCAUUGGUGUCAUUGCAUAUGUGACACCUGUCUUCCUCUUUGCCUUGGUGCCACUCACCGUAGCCUUCUAUUUCAUUCAAAAGUAUUUCAGAGUCGCUUCAAGAGACCUCCAGGACCUGGAUGACUCUACCCAGCUUCCCUUACUCUGCCACUUUUCUGAGACGGCUGAGGGCCUCACCACGAUCCGUGCAUUCAGGCAUGAGUCCCGCUUUAAGCAGCGAAUGCUGGAGCUCACAGACACCAACAACACAGCCUACUUGUUCCUCUCUGCUGCCAACCGGUGGUUGGAGGUCAGAACGGACUAUCUGGGGGCAGUGAUCGUGUUGACUGCGGCACUGGCAGCCAUAUGGGGUCCAAAUUACGUGCUGGACUCCGGUCUGGUUGGGCUGGGCCUCACUUACGCCUUAACAGUGACAAACUACUUGAACUGGGUGGUGAGGAACCUGGCUGACCUUGAGGUUCAGAUGGCUGCAGUGAAGAAAGUGAACAGCUUCCUGAGCACAGAGUCUGAGAACUACGAGGGCUCCAUAGAUGUGUCCCAGGUGCCUGAGGACUGGCCCCAGCAAGGUGAGAUCAAGAUCCAGGACCUCUGUGUGCGCUAUGACCAAUCCCUGAAACCUGUCCUCAAGCACGUCAAUGCCUACAUCAAGCCUGGACAAAAGGUGGGCAUUUGUGGGCGCACUGGCAGUGGAAAAUCCUCCCUGUCUCUGGCCUUCUUCAACAUGGUGGACAUUUUUGAAGGGAAGAUCAUCAUCGAUGGCAUUGACAUCUGCAAGCUUCCCCUGCAGACACUUCGGUCCCGUCUGUCCAUCAUCCUCCAAGACCCAAUUCUUUUCAGUGGAUCCAUCCGGUUUAACUUGGAUCCAGAACGCAAGUGUACUGAUGAUGGCCUGUGGGAGGCGCUGGAGAUUGCCCAGCUAAAGAACAUGGUUAAGGCCCUUCCUGGAGGAUUGGAUGCUGUGGUGACAGAAGGAGGUGAGAACUUCAGCGUUGGCCAGCGACAGCUGUUCUGCCUUGCCCGGGCCUUCGUCCGCAAAAGCAGCAUCCUCAUAAUGGAUGAGGCUACGGCCUCCAUAGACAUGGCAACGGAGAACAUCUUACAGAAGGUUGUGAUGACAGCCUUCUCUGACCGUACAGUGGUCACGAUUGCUCACCUGGUGUCCUCCAUCUUAGAGGCGGAGCAGGUGUUAGUGUUCUCCUCAGGGAUUUUAGUGGAGUGCGACAGUGCGGCCGGCCUGCUAGCUCAGGAGGGCAGUCUCUUCAGUGUCUUAGUGAGGACGCACAAGUAGCCACGCAACAGCACUGCGACAGCACCCUGGCUGGUACGGUCUCCAUCAUUACCGCCACUCCUUGGCCUCCAUCCCUGCAAAACUCUGUAGUCUGUGGCCCAAACUACAGCGCAAGAAACUUUAUAGAGGUUCGAAAUGACGAGCAAAAGCACUGUUACCAGUAGACAAAAAUUCAUGAUCAUGACUAUCAGGUAUCCUCUGGGUCCCCCUGUUGAGCCAGGGGAUGUUCUGACAGUUGAAAACACUCCUGUAACGGCAUGCUGUUUUGUGUGUGCGUGUAUGCGUGCGUGCGUGCGUGUUUGUCCUGCAGCAUCGAGUUCACACAAUUCUCACGGCGGACCUAGUGAUCGUCAUGAAGCGCGGGAACAUCCUGGAGUAUGACAAACCCGAGACUCUGCUGGAGCAGGAGGACAGCAUGUUUGCCUCCUUCGUGCGAGCUGACAUGUGAGCCCUUUCUCACACAGCGUGGAGCCAUGCAGUCGUCAAGCGUGACCCACGAUUGACUGACACAGACGUGACCAGAAACAAUGAAAAGGUCCAAGCAGCAAUAUAUGAACCAUUAUGGCAAACUAGGAAUGAGUGAUUGGUCAAUGGACUUUUUAACAGUUUUAUACAAAUAUUACAGUUAUAACUAUAUGUAAUGAAUCUUUUCUUAGCAAUGUUGUUAUUUUUCAUAAAUUAUAUACACCUUUCACUUUAUUUGUCUGAAAAAAUAAUCAACUGGUAUAAACACUGCAAACAGGUAUGCUACUAGACUGCUACAUUCACUGUAUAAAGUCAUCUGUACCUGUCUGGACAACAAAGUGUCUGUCUCUGUCUUAAGUGUUGACUGCUGUGGUCGCCAUUUGACUUUAGAACCCCUCGCACCUCCGUAGCUGCACAUUGCUGUCUCUUCACUCCACCGGUGCUACAGGAGGCUGGCCGCAUUCUAACAUCCUUUAGCAGAGACAUAAAUGGUUGUGGCAGCCUGUGCCAAUGAGUCCAUACUGACACACACUGGAAAGGGGCAGCCUUGAACUGUCAUAUAUACAGUAUGUACUGCAUAUCAAGUUAAGACUUGCAUUGACUCUGUACUGUGGUAUCGUCCUCUGUGUCAGAUGACAACGUUUCCCUUUCACCAAUCGCCAGUCUAAAGAAUGCAAAUAAACAAACACUGGACAACUAGCAUGCAUACUGGCUCGUGCACCCUGGCGUUAGUACUGCAGUUAUUAAAUCUCUGUCAGGCGAUGCUUAGGGUGGACUACGGCCAUAUUUUUAAGCGGGCCACUUUUAUGGGUUUCUAGGAGUCACACGGAUCACUUCUGACUGGGUGUAACCCACUACAGUGUAUCAGUGCUACAAGUCAACGCUGGAGUACUUUGACAUAUUGUGUUUGGAAUGCAUGCCUUUAUAAGGUCAAAGAGCCUUGCCUUUCAUACCCUGUCUUUUUAAAACAUGGCCACCUAAAUCACUUAUGUGGUUUGAUACCCUGGAACACCAUGUUGUAUGCAUAGAUUGCUCAUGGCUAUACUGAUAAGCACGUUGUGAUCUCCUGGAAAUCUUCUUCUGGGGAUUGGAGAUGAGCAAUGACUUUGAUGACCUCACUACUGGGAAUUUUAUAUACUUGUUUAAUUUUUUUAAAUGUUGCAAUGUCUCUCUUUAAACCACUUGCCAGCAAGCGACAGUGUACCGUACAAUGAGUUACAUCAGUGCUCUGGUCAUUUCGGUGAAAUAACUGUAUGAGUUGCCAGCAUUUCACCACAGAAACCUACUGAGAUCCAUUAGCUUGUGAUUUAUGCGAGUGCCAAAGAAUACUGUGUUCCCAACUUGGACCUCGGGGGACUUUCUAUGUAAUAUCUUUGUCUGGUUAAGAUCAUGCACAUUGUGAAAAUGUCAACAUGCAGCAGCUGACAUCACAAACCUUUAGUGUUCUUCUGCAUCUCAGUUUUGAGCCUGAUUUUGUUUCCUCUUAGUUUCAUUUUGUCUUGAAAUGAUAAUGGACUUUUGUUGUCUUUAUUGUACAUAUGUAAUUAUUUGACAUUUUUAAGUCAAACAUUUAUUAAACCAAUUUCUUGUGUGCCUACUUUUUUAAACACUCCAGCUGGUGAUAAAACUGCUUUGGGUGGGAUGGUUUUCUGGCAUAAAUUUUUAUUGUAAUACUGCUUGCAAUAAUAAAAAAAAAGUGGCACAAAUUUUGUGUUGUUAGCAUUGCAUGAAUGUGCGUUGUAUCAGUGAAAUACUUCCCUCACAUCAGCCUCUAUUCUAAUUGACAUCAUCCAGUUUCUUUGAUAUAAGCAUUCUAGUCUUCUGACAUGAACAACUUCUCUAAUUAUAACCACUAAAAUUAGUAGCGAAAGAACACAACUGCUUGUGA